AAUUCUUCUCACAAUACAACGUUGUUGCCUUUUGCUCUGUUCCCAAAACAUGGCUUCGAUCUCCCAAGGUCUUGUUUUGACCACAGCUAUGGUUUUGUCAAGCACUGUGCUUUACCUUGCUUUCUCUAAGCAAAAAUCUUCUUCACCAUUUCAUGGGAAUUCAAAUUCUCCCCUCUCUAAUAAACAAAUUCUACGCUCUUGCUUAUGCUCAGAGGAAAAGAAAAGGGAAAGGAAGAAGAAGAAGAAGAAAGUGAAAUUUGCAGAAUAUGUGAUGGUGAAAGAAGUGGCAAGAGAUGCAAAUGAUGAAAACAGAGAAGAACAGAGUAAGCAAAACAGAGUAUCGAGCAGCGACUGCAGAAAUGAAACACCGAAAACACGUGGAAUGCCAGAGAACAGAAUUGCUCUGUAUAAUGGGAUUUUAAGGGAUCGAAGUUACAGAAUGGCGUUCUCUCACUGAUCACAGUACAAAAUGACUCUGUUUUUUCUAAUUUUUUGUGUGUGUUUUCGUUUAGAGAAAUUUCGUAUUUACUCUUUUCAUUGAAUGUAUAAACUCAUUACUCUCUCAAUCAUCGAGACUUAUAUGGGAAGGGUGUUAUGUGA